UAAAUUGGGAAGUUCGGUAGCCCAGAGGUGCCACUCCUUACAGCAGCUGGAGAAAUUACCCAGGGGCUCUAGCCUAAGCUUCGCUUUCAAAUUUACUUCUGCCGACAGGAUGCCUUUUGGUGGAGGAAACAAAUGUGGAGUAUGUCAGAAAGCUGUGUACUUCGCAGAGGAAGUGCAGUGUGAUGGAAAGAGUUUCCACAAAUCAUGCUUUCUCUGCAUGGUGUGUAAGAAGAAUCUUGACAGCACAACAGUGGCAGUCCAUGCAGAUGAGAUUUUCUGCAAAGCCUGCUAUGGCAAGAAGUAUGGACCAAAAGGCUAUGGAUAUGGACAAGGUGCAGGGACACUGAGCAUGGACAAGGGUGAAAGUCUUGGGAUCAAACCUGAAGAGGCUGCACCUCACCAUCCCACCACCAACCCCAACCCAUCAAAGUUUGCUCAGAAGUUUGGGGGCUCAGAUGUAUGCCCACGCUGCAGCAAGGCUGUCUAUGCUGCAGAGAAGGUUGUGGGAGCUGGCAACUCUUGGCACAAGAGUUGCUUCCGUUGUGCUAAAUGUGGGAAGGGUCUGGAGUCCACCACCUUGGCAGACAAGGACGGAGAAAUCUAUUGUAAAGGAUGUUAUGCUAAAAACUUUGGUCCCAAAGGCUUUGGAUUUGGGCAGGGAGCAGGGGCAUUGGCUCAUGCCCAGUAGAGAACUGCCCAGGUCUACAGAAUACCAAGGACACCUGGGUCUCUCCGAAUCCUGUCACAUCUGCAUUCCUGCCCCCAUGUUUAUUACAUGAUAUUAAACUAGCAAAAUUCCACAUGAGCUCUGACUCACUAGACCAGAUUGGCACCUCCCCUGUGAAAGACAUACAGUACAUCCCACAAGGUAUUUCAGCAGAGGAUAUGCUGUAUGGGUAUUGAGAUGGAGCUUUACUACAGUAAAAGGCUACAAGUGCUUGUAUACUCUCCUAUUUGAAAGAAUUUACAGUAUUAAUCCUUUUAGAUAAAAGUGCUUACGUAAAAUAUUUUUAUCAACCAACAAAGCCUUUGCAUUUCAGAUGCAUAUGAAUGCAAAACCGAAACUUGCCAUAUCACAAUUGUACCAUUAACUAGAAAUAUCUGUGAGACAAGAAAUUACAUUAGAAUGUUCACACUACGGUUAUGCAAAGAUACCAUUACAGAGAACAAAACACCAUACAGUACAUUAUGCUCUUAGUGUUGUCUGACUGAGUGAGUCAGAGCUUCUAUCUAUACUGCUUGCUUGAUAGCUUGCUAAUUGACAUGUACCUCCAGGAUUCACAGAUAUGCCAAGGAAGAGUAGCUCAAAAUGGUGUUUGGACACUUAUAAUUUGUGUUUGUAUUGUUUUUUCCUUUGGAAAGGAUUAAAAUAUUUUGCAGAUAUCCAUAAUCAAGACUGUUGCAUGCUAUACAUAUAUAUGGUGGAAUAAACUAAAGGAAUGUGUAAAAGAAUUCUGUAGGCGUGUGUAGAAAUAUGGCUUUUCAUCAUGUGAGAACAUGAAAAUUACACACUUUACCACUGUAUCAUUUGUAAACAAGUUUGUCUUAAAAGUCACAAGAGGAACGAAUCACAAAGUGCAUUCCAGUGAGGUAUCACUAUAUAAGCUUUCAAUACCUGAAGUGUUCACAACAAACUGUAAUAAAACCAUGCAAAUAUCAUAACAGAGACUGACAGACACACUGCGCACAAAACACAGGGAUGUCCAUCCUUUAAAAUAUCAAGGGAUUGUGUUAAUUUCGGUGCUGCUGGCUGGAGGACAGAUAUCAAAACUCAACAGAUGGGUUAGUAUCAGCAGGAACAUUAGGAGCUGAAUUUAACUGCCUAUUACACUCUGCCACCAAAAUAUUUGUCUGCAUAAAUAAUAAUAGUUUAACUCUACAUUUAUAUUAAAAGGAGCUUUUAAAGAAGGACCUCAUGUUUUUGUUUUUGCAGUAUUUAAAACCAAUACAUAAUCUAUUUACUCAAAGACUAAGAGUAGUAUUUUAUGUGAAGAAUGUGUUGAAUAUUUAAGAUUAAACAUCACUGGUGUAAGAUACAAAAGGGGAAUAUUGUAGAAUGAAACUGUAGAUCAAAUCAUUUAAAAUAUUCACUGAAGUGAACUAUAAUUUGUCUUUUAACACAUUAUUGUCUGUAAUUAUGCUAAACAUGGGUCUGAACAAGAUUAUAUUAGGAUCAGAUGUCUGUUCUCAGGAAUAACAUUCUUAAUCUGUAACCGAACUAAUUGUUCAAGCUUGUAAGAAAGAAGUUGGGUUGUAAUAUUAAAUAUUAUAAUUUGGGUUGCAA